CAUAACACGGCCAUUAAUAAGGACAAUGUGAGAACAGUCUAGUAAACUGUUUGGAUAUAGUUGUGGGCAGUGACUCCUGGAGUGGAAGGAUAACACGGUCCCUAUAAAACACUGAAGUGCCCUUUAAAGCUGUUCAUGUGCAAUUCUACCUGUUCAGUGUUUAUACAGAGAGGAAGUCAGCGUGGAGAGAUUAUGAAGUCACCAUGGCACCAGCAGCAGAAGAUAAAUACAUGUACUUGGCUAUAUACAUUAUAACGAUUGUCACAGGAUUUCCUGCCAACCUCCUCGCACUGCAUGCCCUCAUUCGGAAGCUACGCAUCAAAGCUACGCCCAAUGCCAUCCUGCUCUUCAACCUGACCAUAUCUGACCUAUCGUUCUUGGCUUUUCUGCCUUUCAAGGUAACGGAGGUCUUACAAGGCCGGUGGUCCAUGCCUUCCUUCCUGUGCCCGCUCAGCGGUCUCUUCUACUUCAGCACCAUCUACUCCAGCACCUUGUUCCUGACAGCGGUCAGUGUGGAGAGGUACCUUGGCGUAGCCUUCCCCCUCAAGUACAAACUCUAUCGCAAGCCAAGCUACGCAGUGGCCAUCAGUGGCUUCCUAUGGGUCUGUUCAUUUGCCCACUGUAGCAUCGUCUACAUCACAGAGUACCAACAAGUCUCCAACGUCAGCAGUAAUAAGUUCAUUUGUUACGAUAACUUCACCGAGAAGCAGUUGGAAGUCCUGCUGCCGUUUCGUCUAGAGCUGGGACUUCUCUUGUUCUGCCUUCCUUUCCUCAUAACCUGUUUCUGCUACGGAAGCUUCAUCAGGAUCCUGGUAUCUUCUCCGCACAUCCACAAGGACAAGAAGCAGCGAGCCAUUGGGCUGGUCCUCACCACUCUCUGCGUUUUUGCCAUUUGUUUUGCCCCCUACAACGUCUCCCACUUGAUUGGAUUUGUCCUGAAGAGGAACUUGGAGUGGAGGGAAAAGGCUUUGCUCUUAAGUACUUUCAACGCCAGUCUGGACCCCGUCAUCUUCUACUUCUCUUCCAAUGCCGUCCAGCACUCUUGCAGAUGUUGCCUGAAGAAGCUGAACUUCUGCCAUCCUAGCCCAGGUCUACAUAGGAUGAUGGACAGGCAGAGCAUAAAACUGAGUCAGCCGCAUAUUUCGGACAGCCAGAUAUACAGCUCAAAGUAUGGGCCUUGAUGUCUUAUUUAUUGGACUUGAACAUUUUAUUUUUUGUCGAGUUGUUGUGUUUUCAACAUGUGACGAUGGUUGGCCCAUAAUAUUGUAUUAAGACUGAGUUCACGUUGGAGUUUGCCAUGGUUCUCCAUAGAGGAACCAACACCUGACCGUACAAUAACGCAACAGGAGGCCUGGCUAUUAUCUGCACCCGUAAAGCAGAAUGAAGAGUGGCCAUAAUGAGUGGAACAUCUCCCACCACCAAUAGGACAAUGGGGUUCACCUGAGACCUUUGGCCCAUAGAAGCCUCAUAAAGCCAUUAGUCACAGUGUCACCCAACGACAUUGUCUUCUUUGACCACCUUAUGUGCUAGGCCCCUAUAUGUUCCAUUGAAGUCAUUCAGACUACGGAAAUUACAUUCUAUACAUUACAAAAAUGACAAAUUGGGAUUAUUGCCCUCCAAGGAUGCCUAAAUUUGGCUAGGCCAUGACCUAGGAUAGACUGUGCCUUCACCAUUGUGGAUCCUGCAUUACCAUAUCUAGGAAAUGUAGUUUCAUAGGUGAUAAUAUAAUAAUAUUAUGUGUAAUAAAGCCACUAAUUUGG